GCUGAUGUGAGCUGCGGCGCUCCUUCCGAGCACCCAACGCCCUCCAUGCACCCGACACGGGACGAACUCGAACUGGUAUCGCAGCUCUUUGCCUCCGGGGAGCCCAAGACGCUCGACGCCAUCACCGGGACCCACGCCCUGGCGCUGUUCGCGAACACAGGCCUUUCAGACGAGGUUCUGGGACAGAUAUGGUCCAUUGCAGACAAGGACUCGAAUGGACAGCUCUCGCGGGACGAGACUGGGGCGCUGCUGAGGCUGAUGGGGUGGGCACAGGCGGGAGUGAAGCCCAGUCCUGAUCUUUUGGAGAAGCGUGCCCGGCCCUACAGCGCGUAUUCCCUCCGUCUCCAUCCCGGGACCUUCGAAGACACCCGCUCCCGUCCUCCCACCACUGACGCCAACAGACAAGGCAAAUUUCUGAAGCUGUUCUAUAGCAACGGACCAGUUGAAGGUUUUGUUAGUGGGGACAGAGCGAGAGAAGUCAUGUCAAAAUCCAAACUGCCCGUCGAGAAGCUUUCCAGGAUCUGGGAUCUCUCAGACCGGACAACACGCGGUGCAUUGGAUUCGACGUCUUUCGUUGUGGCCAUGUAUCUCAUCCAAGGGCUCAUGAGCCAUACUCUCUCCGCUCUUCCCGACACACUCCCGGAUUGGCUGUUCGAUCAGGCUUCUGCUGUGCCCCCGUCUCCAUCCAUUGUCAUAUCAACGACACCAUCUCAAGAUCCAUUUGCGUCUCCGCACGACGAGACUCCAAGGAGCUGGGAUAUACCAGCCGAGAUACGUGCCAAUUCAGAUCGCAUAUUUGAUUCCCUGGAUCCGCUGCGAACAGGUUUCGUGUCGGACAGUGUCACGCUUCCUCUGCUGUUGGAGUCGAAGCUUCCUCCAGAUGAACUGGCGAAGAUUUGGUCCCAGGCAGAUAUCCGCGGCGACGGCAAACUCACUCGAGAAGGGUUUGCGAUUGCGCAGUUCUUGGUCAGGCAACGGUUGGGAAGCAAUGCUCGAACAAAACCAAUGCCGCCCGCGAAGCCGCCGAAUCUCGUUGACCACCGACGUGUCCGAUCCGCCUCGGCGGUGAAUGCGCUGGACAAGCCUGUGCCUCCCCUGCCGACGGGUCGGCUGCUUACUCCGACACUGCAACCAGCACCAUUCAGAUAUAGCACCGCACCGCCGCUUCCGGUUCGAGAUGUUCAGGCUGGUCUCCCAAGGCGAUCGUCAUUCGUGCUGUAUCCCACGCUCCCAACACAGUCAAGCGACGCUCUCCCCAUGCGACCCGAUCGCGCAGAGGCCGAAGCUGCGAUCGCGCGACUGAAUCGGCAAUUGCGAGACAUGCAAGACUCGAUCACACAGCUGCGCGAGACGGCGGCGCAGAAGACGGCCAUGGUGACAACCGUCACGCAAGAGAACGAGUCUCUCCGGGUUGUUAUCGAGGAGUUGCAGGUGCAGCUGGUCAACAACGAGCGCGAUACGCAUCAAGUUCUCAAUCAAGUCCUCGGCAAGGAAAACGACGCACUGCGGAAGGCUCUCAACACCGCCGAGAAGGAGCUUAAACAGCUUCAAUCGGCGAGUUCCGAUAUAGAGAUGCAGCGAAUCCAGUACGAAGAUCUUGUACGAGAAAACGAGCGCCUGUCAAGACAGAUCGAGGAGAUGCGAGAGUCGACGACCCAGCUUCCUUGGGCAGGCGGCGAUUCGGAACUACAGACGCUCAUCAACGAGGAUCUCGCGCGGGAAAACGCGCGGCUGCGGGGAGUGGAGCGCGACACGCGGGAGAACGUGGCCCAGUUGCAAGAGGCCGCAGCCGGAUUCGAGGUCCAGCGGGGAAGGAAUGCCGAUCUCAUGCGCGACAACGAGCGAUUACAGGCCACCGCGCGUCGAGUGCAGGCCAAUCUGGACACCCAGCAGCAGCAGGUUGCGCAGCUGACACGAGAACUGGAAAGAUACAAAUCGAACGCGAGGACUUCCGCGCCUGCCAGAGCAGGUCCGAGUCGAGAGGCGGAUGUUCCACCACCUGCGUACGAGGAAUUGGACUUGAACGGGAUUGUUUGAUGGAUCUGUGUAUUAUCAUCUCAAGUAAAUGUAUUCGAUCCAUUUCUACUGCCAUCUUUCCUACAGAGCGAGAGAAGAACGCGCUUCGACUCGUCAUCCGACGGAUGGUUCGAUAGUCAGAUCAACCAAUGUGCCUCUGAGCGCAUCGAGGAACGGUGGAUGUGGAUCUUCGACCGAUGCCGCCAGAGAGAAGCAGAGGUCUGGUGAGGUAAGGAUUUGUUGUCAUCAACGCUCACUGAUGGACGUUACUAUCAUGCGUCACAUUUUGAGCAGGCAAAAUGGAGACAUAUGGUCUCCGCCAACAAGGUUCGAGAGCGCAUCACAUGUCGUGGACUGUCCCUGCAUCAACGGUGUACAUCGAGUCUAAACGAAACACAAACAUUCUAGAACCAAGCGAGAUCUAAGAAUGCGAAUCGUUUCUGGGGAUGGAACGGCCGAGAGCUUCAACGGCAUCAUGUAAAACAGCCGUAAUCGCACUUCUGGCCGCAGCGUCGGUCCCAUCACCAGUCGCACGCAAGGCCUCGAGCGCGGCGAGAUCUAUCGGCUGCCCGAAAACGACGCCCAGUUGCGUGCCCGGCCGCGGAAGAUAUUUAUACGGAAAUGCGCGACCCUCGGGCAUGAGGUGCUCAAAUCCGCUGAGCCACAUGGGUAGGAUGACGGGGAGCGCGGAGACUUCCAUCAGGACACGUCCGCUCACUGACACGCCCCAUUUGAACCGCGGCAGCUGUAACAGUCCAUCAUCGUUUACGGGAUAGUGCUGAUGGAUCUUUCCCUCGCUGAAGAAGUGGACCUGUUGGAGACAUUGGGUGAGAAGAUAGUCCAGGAGUGGGAUGGGCGCACCCACCCAAUUCCCUUGGUUGAGCUUCCGGAUUGCGGCAUCAACGGACGGCUGGUAGAUGCCCAUCCCGCGGAAGGUCUCGAGCACGUUUCCGUGGCGAAAAAAGGCAGAGAAGAGGCUUCAGAGGGCAAGGCACAUGAAUGAGAACUCAAAUGACGCGUGUCGAAACGCGUAGCUCACGGAUUAGUGAACAUGACGUCCGACGCGCCGAGCGUCCAGCGGGUGGUUCGACGCUUCAGAAAGUAUUUCGUUGGGAUGGCACCCCAUACGAGGGGAUCAUCAAGACUGCGGAGAUUCGGAUGGUUGCCUCACAGCUUGAACAGAGACAAGGCAGUACACACGUCGAGAUGUGAUUUGCAACUGCGAUCAAGUCCCGGGUGAGCCAAAUCAAUGCAAAGAGCUGGAAAACCUACCUGUAAUUACACCGUUCGAGCGCGAACCCUCGAGAGCAGCCUCAAGGUGCGGAAGCCCGCGUACGGACGCGGGACAUAUCGUCUUCAGAGCGGCCUUGCACGUCAGCUGUGCCACCAAAGGGAGCAGCAUAGUGACCUCGCAGAUCCAAAUAAAGCCACACUUCGAGCUUAGUCAUUGCCCCAAGAUAAAGUCUCGUCUCACUCACGUCCAACUGUACGAGUUGACGACGGCCAGCAGGCGCCAUGCUGGCCCAACUUCCGGCUUUCCUCCCAUGGCUCGCUGCCCUCACGAUGGUUUAUGUCUUCAUGUGGUUCUCUGUCUGGUCGGCCGAUGACGGUCUUGACGCUCACGAGUCCGGUCUUGCCCUGGUUGCAUCCCGCAAUCCGUUCAGAGAGCAAGGUCCCCCGGCCAACAUGGCCAAGCUCAUCCUUCUACGACACAAGAUUCAGACAUCCACAAAAAGACGUCGGAGCCCCUCACAAGUCCGCCAACCCCACCGAGCCUGUCAUCUCAGCCAACCCAUCGUCCCCCGUCAACCCUCACCAUGGGUGCGCUUCCCCAAAGCGGCCUUCGGCGGAAAACAAUACCACUAGUUCUAUCAUUAUUGCCGCCCCCUUUCGCAUGCUAUAAUACCCACUGCUGUCUUUCUUCUUAACGGCACCUUUUGCUUUGGUGUUUGGGAUAUAAUGCUUGUUUGCCUUGAAUCACAGUUGUAAAAUACAGUGCUAGAUGAAUCACAAAACAAAU